AUGUCGUACUUGACGAUUGGGUACACACGUGGCGAGACGCCCUUCUGGGCCAUCUCCAUCGUCGACUCAACGCCCGCGCCGCACCCGUACGCCGACAUGCUCGUUGGCUCGGGCGUGCAUCAUGGGGCGGGAGCGCCGACGCUAGAGGAGUGCAAGGACACCUUGCUGCGCGCGGCGCUCGCGGGCAAGAUGGGGAUUGCGGUCACGCUGGAGACGCACGAGGUGCUCUGUCACGGUGCGGCUGGGCCUUGGUCCGUUUACCCCACUCAUAAGGCCCUUUUCUGCGCUACAAUGUCCGGGCGGGGCCGAAAACGGCUUUUGCUGCCAGAGAGCUACAACGUCGAGAAGGUCGUCUCGUGGCGGCAGAGAGCUGGGGGGAUCGAGCUUCUGACCGCCUGGGAAGACUACGAUGUCGAUGGUUGGACGUGGGAGCCCCUCGACAACAUCCCCAAGCGGUUUGUUCGGGCCUUUCAUGCGCAGCGCGAACGUCUCCCGCAAUCCUUUUUCUACGUCGUGACCAAGAUGCGCGACCGGGUCGCCUUCAAGCUGCUCGAGAGGACCGGCCCGAUGUUUGGGGUUGCUGUCCUGGUCGAGGAGGCCUCCCUGCGCGAGUAUGCGCUCGCGAUGCUGCAGUACUUCUCUACGCCUCCGAGCGGCACAAAGGCCAAGAUUGCGGUCAAGGAGGACCACUGGCAGCGGGCGCACACACUCACCAUCACCUCGCAGGAGCACGCCGCGUGGAUCGUGUCGCUGCACGAGUCGCGGCCUACCCACGGCGUCGGCGCGCUCCGCAUCAAGAGCGCGCGACGCCUCUCCAACAUGCUGCUCGUCGCGUGCAAUGCUCGCACGCCGAUGCGCCUCUCCUUUGUGGAGCCGCGCGCGGGCGGCUCCGACGCGCCUGCCCCCGGCUCCUACAAGUUCACGGUCGAGUUCACCACCGUGGGCAUCAACUCGGCGACGGGCGACAUCAUGCCGUACACGGCGCCGACGGAGGAGCUGCGCCUCGAGAUGGCAGAGGCGCACGCGCUGGUUGCGUACUCAAAGAAGACGCUCAAGCAGCCGUGGGCGGCGGAGCCUGUCCGGCACAGCCUGCGCGCUAGCGGCUGGUGCGACCAGCCGGUGGCGUUUCAGUAG